UCACCGCUCUAAGCGUCUGCACAAGCUGCGUUCUUCAUCGAUACUCGCGAAAGCACUAUCUUUGCGCAUCUGAUAUCUGAAGGAAUUCGUAUAAACGUUGUUCCGCCUGGAUUUGUUUCUACUUGUUUUUCAACUGUUGCUCGCGGAUUAACAUCGGAUGAAUCUACUAAAUUCUACGAAACAAUGGGCUCCCAACCACAUUGUAUUGUGCUCAACCAGAACAUAAUGCUUCAGUAAUUGCCUUCCUUGCUAACCGAAAAGCAUCAGAGUAUGUUGUUGGUCAAACAAUCACCGCUGAUGGAGGAUCGACUCUUGUUAUGGGAUUUCAUUG